UGAACUCACUCUUCUACCUACUUCACCAUGGCUCAGGAACGCUCGACCCCCCUCCGUCUCGGCUCGACCGCCCCCAACUUCACCGCCGAUACCUCCAACGGCGAGAUCACCUUCCACGACUACAUUGGCGAUAGCUGGGCUAUCCUCUUCUCUCAUCCUGAUGACUUCACCCCCAUCUGCACCACCGAGCUCGGCGCCUUCGCCAAGCUCGAGCCCGAGUUCGCCAAGCGCGGCGUCAAGCUCAUCGGCCUGAGCGCCAACGGCACCGAGUCCCACAAGACCUGGAUCAAGGACAUCGACGAGGUCAACGGCUCCAACCUCAAGUUCCCCAUCGUCGCCGACCCCGAGCGCAAGGUCGCCUACGCCUACGACAUGGUCGACUACCAGGACACCACCAACGUGGACUCCAAGGGCAUGGCUCUCACCAUCCGCUCCGUCUUCAUCAUUGAUCCCGCUAAGAAGAUCCGUCUGAUCAUGUCUUACCCUGCUUCGACGGGCCGCAACACUGCCGAGGUGCUCCGUGUGGUUGAUGCGCUCCAGACGACGGAUAAGAAUGGUGUCGCUUGCCCGAUCAACUGGUUGCCCGGUGAUGACGUCGUUAUCCCUCCUCCCGUCUCGACGGAGGAUGCGCAGAAGAAGUUUGGUGAGAUUCGUACUGUUAAGCCGUACCUGCGCUUCACCAACCUUAACAAGCAGUAAAUUGUCCAACCUAACUGUCGCCUAUUCCAAGAGAUGGUUAAUCCAUUGGGAAGGAUGGAAGGAAGGUCUAAAACUACAAACCACUGAUAUGACGUGACACCUUAAUAAAUGAUACCUCUGACGACAGACAUGAUUCCUUGGUUGCCUCAUGGAGCACCUGUUCGCUUGUAGUAAAUACUGGAGAGAGGAUGUUGAUCGAGUGUGCCCCUCCCUCUACCCUCUAGUCUCCCCCCUAACCGGAAGUUUUCUCCUGACUAUCACAUGGCGCCCAGGAUCUCCCCGGUGGAGUCGCGUUCGAUUCUAACUAGAUCAG